AUGAAUAUACGUUCGUCCAUCGAGAGAAUCGAUAUCAUCAAUGGCUUUCUUUUCCCUUCACAGAGGCUGAGAAGCACAGGCACCCAAGGCCCUUCGCUCACGCCCGCACCGCCCUCUGCUGACGAUUGGGAUCCCUGGAUCUUAUGGCGGUUAAACCAGCCUCCUACGUCUGCCACGGGCGUCAUGAGAACAGUCAUGGACAUCAUGGCAGAGAAACUUGGAUUCUGUUACAAGGAAGCCCUGCCGAUCGGACUAGACUUCGGGGCGCGGUUGGAAAACGGUUCCUUCUCGGGGCUGAUCGGCGAGCUGAACCGCGGGGAGGCAGACAUGUCGAUGGUGCCGAUGUCCAUCAACCACAUCCGAAACGAAGCCGUGGAUUUCAGCGAGACUCUUUUCGUAGACGAGCAUCGCAUCACAUUCAAGCGUCCGUUUCCCGAGGCCGACAUCGCUGGUUUCGUCAAGCCUUUCACUCCCACGGAUGCGUCAUCUCCACUUAGGGAGAAGACAGGAGAUGAUGGCACUGGGCCUACGCGUGAUGGCACUCCUGAGUCAAGUGGUAAGAGUGUCACCUCCAAGCUGCGUUAUGCUGUGUUGUGGACACUUUCCUGCCUUUUUUCCCAGUCCGUGCCAUGGGAGCCACGCAAGGCACCCGUGCGCGUGGUGGCGGGCAUUUGGCUCCUGGCGUCCCUCAUCGUUGGCAGUGUGUACCGCUCCAACCUCAAGGCUAUGCUCAUCCUGCCGAAGGUGGUCAUUCCGUUCGAAACCUUCGAGGAGUUCGCUAAAGUGGACAUUCGUGGAUAUAUCAUUCUGGGCGGAAUUCUAGACGUCGCCUUACGGGGCAUGGAGGCGAACUCUACCUUGGGAAGGAUCCGGGACAAGUCGCGAAUUGAUGCGAAUAUUGGCAGAGGUCUCAGCGAACUGAUCGAGGGGAAGACGGCUCCUAUCGCUUCGACUUCCGGCCAACGCUGGGUUUAUCACUUUGACUUUACAAAUGAAGGGUACUGCCGAAUGUACUCGACGCGAGACGGCGUAUUCAGCACUGCGGCUGCUCUAGGUUUCCCCAAAGGGUCUCCUCUAAAGCCAAAAAUUGACUCUAUGAUUCGAGGCCUAAAGGAGUUCGGGAUCCUGCAGCACCUCUUCCAAAAGGAGGUCCCCAACAGCACCUUCUGCUUCAGGAAACCGGUCUCCAUCUCUCCCACCUCGGCGGACCUGAGGCCUCUGGAACUCGGCGAUUUCUACGGCGUCUUCUGUCUCUACGCUGGAGGUAUAUUGUUGGCGAUGCUAGUUUUCGUCAUGGAACGCAUCGUGGAGAGGAAUGGACAACGAAUGACUACAGUGAAAUAA